AUGAUUAAGUACUACCAACACAACCUAGCACUGGCAUUUGCUGUAAAUGAGAUCAAUGAGAAUCCCCAGAUAUUGCCAAAUGUCACCCUUGGAUUCCACAUUUAUGACAGCUACUUUGAUCUGAAAAUGACUUCCCGUACCACUCUGGACCUGCUUUUCAAGUUGCGGAGAUUUCUUCCUAAUUACAAAUGUGGCACCCAGAAAAAUGUAAUAGCUGUCCUUGGAGGACUUGAUGCUGAUAUCUCCUUCCAUAUGGCAGAUAUCUUAGGACUCUACAAAAUUCCACAGGGGCCUCCCCUCUCUGAGUGCAAUCCUCACUGUCUUCCUGGUUCUCAGAAGAAAAAGAAGGAAGGGGAGAAAUUUUGCUGCUACGAUUGCGCCCCUUGCUCAGCAGGGAAGAUUUCAAGCCAAAAGAGGCCCCCAGCACCCAUGACGACCUUGGCUGCCGCCACCACCACUUCUGAAAUAGGAACAAUGAUAGAUUUACACAGAGAUACAGCCAUUGUCAAAGCCAACAACCGAGACAUCACUUAUGUUCUCCUAGUCUCUCUCCUGCUCUGCUUCCUCUCUCCCUUGCUAUUUCUUGGAGAACCAAGCCAUGCGACCUGCUUUAUUCGUCAAGCUGCUUUUGGUAUCAUCUUCUCUGUGGCCAUUUCUUGUGUGUUGGCCAAAACCAUCACUGUGGUGGUAGCUUUUAUGGUCACCCAACCUGGGUCCAGUUUGAGGAAAUGGGUGGGGAAAAGACUAACCAACUCAAUUGCCCUUUUUUGCUCCCUUAUUCAAGCAGCCAUUUGUAUGGUAUGGCUAACAAUCACUCCCCCUUUUCCAGAUUUUGACAUGGAUUCUUUGAUUGAAGAAAUCAUAGCAGAAUGUAAUGAAGGGUCUACCACCAUGUUAUACAUAGUUCUGGGCUACAUGGGACUUCUGUCCCUCAUCAGCUUGACUGUGGCUUUCUUUGCAAGGAAGUUGCCAGACAGUUUUAAUGAAACCAGAUUUAUUACCUUCAGCAUGCUGGUCUUUUGUAGUGUUUGGAUGUCCUUCGUUCCAACCUAUCUGAGCACUAAAGGGAAGUACAUGGUAGCUGUGGAAAUCUUCUCUAUCUUGGCAUCUGGUGGUGGGCUAUUGCUUUGUAUCUUUUCUCCCAAGUGUUAUGUGAUUGUGUUUAGGUCUGAGCUGAACAACAGAGAGCAACUAAUUAGGAGGAAGAAUUAA